AGAAAGAAAAGAACGGUCUUGUUUGGUUCCCACGAAAAUUGAAAGAGAAAUUAAGCACGAGAGAGAGGAAGCCAAUGAGAUUGAGAGCAAUGCUGCAGAGCCAAAACUCGGAUCUUGGAUUUGCCUGUCAAUUUGAUUUUUGAAUAAACGGCCCACAGUUUUUAUUAAUCUUGAGUGCCAACGAAGGAGAUCCAAGUGUGACUACUCCUUUGUGAUCGCAACUUUAACGUCAAAAUCACGCUUGGAAAUGACGGUUUCUGGCUCGGUUUGUUCCUGGAUUUGAUAACAAAUCUAUAGAACUGGAAAGGAGGAGGGUCGGCAACUCGUCGAGUUAAACAAGUAAUAAAAAGUUAAAAUUCAUAUAAUUGGCCCACGCUACGCAAGCGAUAAAAGCUUGAUUAUGUCAUAAUGCCGUCCCGCAAUUUGUUGAAUUCGGAGGCCGUCAAAUGGAGCUAAUCCAACAGACAUUUCGGACCUCUUUGGCCGGCGGACCCCCAAACUCCGCCGUCUUCUUCCACAUGGCCUCUCUCCCUUUCUCUCUAGUUCAAACUGAUGUUGGUUGAUUUCAGCCACAGCAUUGUUAUAUAUGCUACUCCUACUCCUGGUUCCAUUCUCGGCUUAUUACAAGAGCACCCUCCGAAGAAAACCAGCCCCAGGCACCAACAGCUUGGCAAAUAUUCGUAGGGGCUUUAGGGAUUCUUUACAAAAAAACUUGCGAGGUGGAAACUUGAAGCUGUAGAGAUGGAAAUGGAUGACAAGGCAAUUGCUCUCUGUGCUGUUAUCAAGGAAUCUGUUGAUCUGGAGAAUAUACCCCUUGAAGAAGUUUUUGAACAUCUUAGAUGUACAAGAGAGGGUCUGAGCUCUGGUGCCAUUCGAGAUCGAUUGGAACUCUUUGGUUACAACAAACUUGAGGAGAGAAAGGAAAGCAAAAUAGUAAAGUUUUUGGGCUUCAUGUGGAAUCCUCUGUCAUGGGUCAUGGAAGCAGCAGCUAUUAUGGCCAUUGCUCUUGCACAUGGAGGGAAUAAGGGUGCAGAUUACCACGACUUUGUUGGCAUCUUGACCUUGCUCAUUGUCAAUUCCACCAUCAGUUUUAUUGAGGAAAAUAAUGCUGGAAAUGCAGCUGCCGCUCUUAUGGCUCGCUUAGCUCCAAGAGCUAAGGUCUUGCGUGAUGGAAAGUGGAGGGAGGAAGAUGCUUCAUUUUUAGUUCCUGGUGACAUAAUAAGUAUUAGACUUGGUGAUAUUGUACCUGCUGAUGCACGUCUUCUUGAAGGAGAUCCACUAAAAAUUGAUCAGUCUGCCCUUACUGGAGAAUCACUUCCUGUAACCAAGAAUCCUGGUGAUGGAGUUUACUCAGGUUCAACAUGUAAGCAAGGUGAAAUUGAAGCAGUUGUUAUUGCAACAGGAGUCCAUACUUUCUUUGGUAAAGCAGCUCAUCUUGUGGAAAAUACUACACACAUUGGGCAUUUCCAAAAGGUUUUAACAGCAAUUGGAAACUUCUGCAUUUGCUCAAUUGCUGUGGGCAUCAUAAUUGAAAUCAUUGUUAUAUAUGGGAUUCAGAAAAGGGGAUAUCGUGUUGGAGUUGAUAACCUCCUCGUCUUGCUUAUUGGUGGGAUCCCUAUAGCAAUGCCAACUGUUCUUUCUGUUACCAUGGCUAUUGGUUCGCAUCGUUUAUCUCAGCAGGGUGCCAUAACAAAGAGAAUGACUGCAAUUGAGGAAAUGGCGGGGAUGGAUGUGCUUUGCAGUGAUAAAACAGGCACACUAACACUUAACAAGCUCACUGUUGACAAAAAUAUGAUCGAGGUUUUUUCCAAAGGUAUUGACAAGGAGAUGGUUGUACUAAUGGCUGCAAGAGCGUCACGCUUAGAGAAUCAGGACGCAAUUGAUACUGCAAUUGUUUCAAUGUUGACUGACCCUAAGGAGGCACGAGCUGGAAUUAAAGAAGUUCAUUUCCUCCCUUUCAAUCCAACUAACAAGAGGACAGCACUUACAUUCAUAGAUAUGGCUGGUAAAAUGCAUAGAGUGAGCAAAGGUGCACCCGAACAGAUUCUCAAUCUGGCACAUAAUAAAUCAGAAAUUGAGAGGAAGGUGCAUGCCAUGAUUGAAAAAUUUGCGGAGCGUGGACUUCGAUCCCUUGGAGUUGCUUACCAGGAAGUACCCACUGGUAACGAGGAUAGUCCUGGUGGCCCUUGGGAAUUCAUAGGCCUUCUGCCUCUCUUUGAUCCUCCACGUCAUGAUAGUGCUGAAACAAUCAGGAGAGCUCUAGAUCUUGGCGUUAGUGUUAAGAUGAUAACAGGUGACCAACUGGCAAUUGCCAAAGAAACAGGAAGACGGCUUGGGAUGGGAACUAACAUGUACCCGUCUUCAUCUUUGCUUGGCGAUAGCAAGGAUGAGGCAGCUGCAACUCUACCAACUGAUGAACUCAUUGAAAAAGCUGAUGGUUUUGCUGGUGUUUUUCCUGAACAUAAAUAUGAUAUAGUAAGAAGAUUACAAGCCAGAAAACACAUCUGUGGAAUGACUGGUGAUGGAGUAAAUGAUGCACCUGCCUUAAAGAAAGCAGAUAUAGGAAUUGCAGUUGCAGAUUCUACAGAUGCUGCUCGUAGUGCUUCUGAUAUAGUUCUGACUGAACCUGGGUUGAGUGUGAUCAUUAGUGCCGUCUUAACAAGCCGUGCAAUAUUUCAAAGGAUGAAGAACUACACAAUAUAUGCGGUGUCUAUCACUAUUCGUAUUGUGCUGGCAUUUAUGUUGUUGACUGUUUUCUGGAAAUUUGACUUCCCCCCUUUUAUGGUUCUCGUCAUCGCCAUUCUUAAUGAUGGUACUAUAAUGACAAUAUCCAAAGAUAGGGUCAAACCCUCUCCUCUUCCAGAUAGUUGGAAGCUAAGUGAAAUCUUUGCAACUGGGAGUGUCCUUGGUGGUUAUUUGGCUUUAAUGACAGUAGUAUUCUUCUGGUUAUCUUAUGAAACUAAUUUCUUUACGAAACAUUUUCAUGUAAAGAACUUCAAUCAGCACCAGUUUAAUAUGUCAAAUAAGACUGAAGCUGAUCCACUGAAAGAAAGGAUGGCAUCUGCUGUUUAUCUUCAAGUCAGCACCAUCAGCCAGGCCUUGAUUUUUGUGACUCGUUCUAGGGGCUGGUCAUUCAUGGAAAGACCUGGUCUUUUGCUAGUAACAGCCUUCAUCCUGGCUCAAUUGAUUGCAACUGUGAUAUCAGCCACAGUGACCUGGAAAACUGCUGGAAUUAGAAAAAUAGGUUGGGGCUGGACCGGUGUUAUUUGGCUCUACAACACGGUGACUUACUUGCUACUUGACCCUAUAAAAUUUUCGGUCCAAUAUGGACUUAGUGGAAAAGCCUGGGGUCUGGUGGUGGAUAAAAGAACUGCGUUUACGACCCAAAAGGAUUUCGGAAGAGAAGCUCGUGAGGCUGCGUGGGCGGCUGAGCAGCGCACACUGAAUGGCCUGUCGGCAGAGCAUAGGAGGUUCACCGAGCGCCAUGCUUUUAGGGACAUUAAUCUUAUGGCAGAAGAAGCUAGGAGGCGUGCAGAAAUCGCAAGAAUGAGGGAAAUUCACACUCUCGAAGGAAAGGUAGAGUCCUUUGCCAAGAUGAGGGGCUUGGACAUCGAUGCCAUGAACCAGCACUAUACUGUCUGAUCUGCACUCUGCUUAUACACUCCUUUGCUGCUUCUAUUUAUUUCUUUUUUC